AUGGCCGGCGAGCCCACGAACACCAACAUACAGCCAGCUCAUGGUACGCUCCUCAAUGAUGGACAAUCUUUGGACGGCCGCGAUUACCAGCGUGGAGACCUGGUGGCGAUCGUCGAUGACGGUGGACGAGAGAGUCUCGCAGAUGCAAUUCAGAUUCUCAACCUUCGAAACAAUGAGUACAUGCUCGUGCUACUGAAAGCAGUGUGCUGGAUUCCCACUCACAGCGAGCAACGGUCCGGCACAACCUUUCUGCUCACUCUGUACGGACCCAACCUGGACUUCCGUCACUCCCACUCCGAACCUCCUCAGAUGGGGUAUCGUGGCAUCGCAACUAUUUCUGGCUCUUGCGUCUACGUUGGUCGUGAGGUCGUGCUAGAAGGCAACCUUUCGAGGGUCAAUCUGGACCCCGCAAGCCGAGUUUCUUUAUUCACAGCCCAAUGGGAGGCGCUGUCAGUUCACACAGAGCUGCAACACCCGGUUUUGACUCCCUCUGCCUCAUCUUGUGCUUCGUCGAGAAGCCCCUCCGAGGCCGGAGGUGACUCUCCACCUCCCCUAUUCUACCGUCUUCAAGGACGGAGAGACUCUGCCAUUGAAAUCCGGGACCCCGAAUCUCCGAUCUACAAGUCUUCUACUGGACGAAAGUCGAUCUCGCCCAAACCCUUUUUCAUCCGCACUGCAUCCUUUGCGCCAAAACAUAGCAACCGCAUCGCAAAGCAACUCCCCUCGCCCAAGCGUGUACAAUACGAAUCCAACACGUCUGCGUGGUCAGAUCUUGGAUCCGAUGAUGACUUCGGCUUCAAUGUUGAUGCGGCGUUCGGUUUCGAACACGCGUUUCCCGACAACAUCGACCUGUGCAUCAACGAGUCUCAGUUUGGCGACAUGAUGGCGGACAAUGAUUUGCAAGUCAAUUUUGUUUUUAUGCCACAGAACGAAAGCGACAACUUUGCAUCUGGGCAUCCCGAACAAGAACGGACAGAUGGCAACGUUCAAGAACCACUGUGGCCCACGCAUAACAUCCCGGGAGGUUCUGAGAAUGCUUGGGAUCCUCUGCAGAUGCCGCCGCAACAUGCGUCGGAGAUGAGGCAGCAGCAACUCCCCAUGCCUCAGCGUCAGCAACACGUGCCCGCGAGGCAGGGAACUCAAACGGACUAUUACGAGCCGUAUCGGCUUGCGGAUGGUCAGGCCAGCUCUCAUAUGCACUCCGGGUCUGCUACCCACCACCCUCAUCAGGCAGAAGCCUCACAUAUGUCGAACGAUCCCCGCGCUGGUUAUGCACCAUCUCAACAACCUCCGGCGACUGCCCCUCAACCUAUUCAAGGGUUCAGGAUGCAGUCGCAGCAUCAGGAGCAGGCUAGCCGGUUACCAGUUCCGGGCGCCCCAACGAGCUCCUUCGUUGCUCCGGAGGUACAUAUCAUCCAGAGCAACCGCCACAACCCUCGCCAGUCUCAUUCUCUGGCCCCCAACUCUUACAGUCCGGUGCAUGAGGGAACUCUGCCUUCAUCUUCUACUCAGCAGCUGCGGCGCAGCCCUCUGCCCGAGGAGUCACGUGCGUCAAGCGCGCGAGGCACGCCGGUCAUGGCUCGCCGAGCACCGGCACAGUCCGUUCAUACGUUUUCGCCGGCCGGCUUGAUAGAUUCCUUCCGCCAGAGCGCGCAGGCGCACACCAGUGAAUUGGAAAAGCUCUAUGAGCAGCUACAGCAAAACCCAGCCGGCGAUGACCAGCUUCGACGGGCUAGCGAGGCGUUGCUAACUGUCCGCCGAACCACAGACGAUUCUCUGCAGCUCCUCAACCUGUUGCAACCGAUCACCGGCAUUCCUUUGAAAGGCACAGAGAAGAGACUCCAGUCUCUGGUUGAUCAAAUUGUUGCCGCGAUGAGGGAGCUGCUCCCAAGCGCUUCAGACGCUUCUGAGCAACAUGCCCAGAAGCUGGGCCAGAAGGUGCAGAACCUCAAGGACUUCAUCGAGUACGUCGAGGGUGUUCACCCAGAAGUGGUCAAACGCCUACAGGAUCCUGCUGCUACUGCUGCCAAUGAGAAGGCGCAGAACGCCUCAGUCGCCAACACUGGCCGAGUUCCGUCGGCUCCUGCUUCGGUCUCUUCGCAAGCAGCAGACGAGUCUGACUCUUGCCGCUGGGUUGAUGGCCAAGCUACUCCGCCACCAGACCGAUCGUCCGCACAGAACCGAGACCGCUCGCGCAUGUUCCGUGACAUGGCCAAUGCUCAUGGCCGUCGUCCGGAGCCUCGCAUCAGCACUGGUUCGGACUUUUACCCUCCAACAAGCUACAGUCAACCCACAUCUCGAAUCCACUCUCCGAUGGCCAGUCACGCUGCGCCCGCCGAGCCUCAGCAUCCCGGUGGGCACGGUUUCUAUCAACAGUCUCUUCCGAACCCUCUCCAGCAGACGAUGCAGGUGCCGGACUUUGGCACGUCGAUACAGUCUCGCCCGAUGCAGGCUUACCCACCCCCGAGCUCGGUGGAGAUGAUGCGUCCGAUGCAGCCUGUCCCGAGCAUGCCCCCUCAGCAUCAUUACACCACUCAGCAAGACACAUCAUUCUAUCUGCGUCCGAACCCACCCAACGGCCUCUACACCUCGAGCGGAGCAGAUAUGUCGCAGGCGGCUUACGCCCCGCGGUCCCCGUUGUCUUUCCAGCCGGGACCGGCCCCGGCUCACCCAGGGUACUAUCAAGACGUGAGGUCCACGCUUCCGGACCGAAGAACGAUUCGUCAGGAACGUCCUGGCCCUUACUCUCUCAACUACAGAGACCAGAGACGGCGUAGAGGAAGCCAGUAA